UCUGAAAAAUUGAUUAAAUUUCAUCGAAAACUAGUCUCUGAUGCAGCUCAUUGAUCAAUUGAGAACGUAAAGUUUUUCGGUUCUGUUAUUGUUGUACUUUCUGUGACUGGAACUAAGAAGUCUCAUCCGUAGAAAUGCUAUGGCGAAGUUUGUCUGUGUUUGCCUUAGUUUUCACGUGUGUUAAAAGUUUGGGUGAUCCGUAUCAAAUUUUGAACGUGCCGAGGACAUCAACACCUCAGGAAAUCAAAAGAGCCUACAAACAACUGGCCAAAGAAUGGCAUCCAGACAAAAACAAAGAUCCGGAAGCCGAAGAAAAAUUUGUUGAAAUCAAACAGGCGUACGAGUUACUCUCAGAUCCAGAACGCAGACAGCAAUUUGACGUAUUCGGAACGACUGAGGAGCAGCCCCAGCGCGAUGAUGGCAGAACGCAAAGAUUUGAUGCCGAUUUCUUUGCUGGCUCAGGUUUUAGUUUCAAGUUCCAGGACAGAGACAUCACUGUUUUCCACAAAUUAACCAUCAGCUCUAAGAUUUACGAAAAUAAGAUGGUUCCUAAGAGUACUCACAUACCGUAUCUUAUGUUGUUCUACUCCGAUUGGUGUUUUUCAUGUCUGCAGAUUGAGCCUAUUUGGCGGAAAGUAAUUGAAGAACUCGAGCCUCUUGGUGUUGGCGUGGCAACAGUCCAUGCGGAAAACGAACAAAUGCUUGCUCGAAGAAUUGGAAUUCGUUCACUACCUAGUCUUGUCCUACUCAUCGAUGGAAGAACUAGUGUGUUCCGAGAAUCAUUGUACAGCGUUCAGAAAGUCAUCGAAUUUGUCAGAAUGAAGAUGCCUUACAAACUGAGUGAAACGAUAACUGACGACAAUGUCAACCAGUUUCUGGGUGAAUGGGCUGCUGACAAUCGGGUUCGAGCACUUCUCUUCCACCGCCAAGCAACAAUUCGCCUGCGUUAUCUGCUCCAAGCUUACUAUCACCGAGACAGGGUUGCUUUUGGAUUCGUUUCUAUUCAAAAUGAAAACACAAAAGAAGUGCAAGAAAGAUUCCAAGUAGCGACGGACAAGGACACGCUGCUUUUGUUUAACGAGAACACUGACCGACCAAUGGCAAGUCUGAGCAUGAUCGAAAUUCCCGUAGCUACUAUGCGUGAUGUCAUAGAUGCCAACAAACUCCUACUGUUGCCCAGGCUGUCCUCUCAGGCAAUGUUGGACACACUCUGUCCUGUAGAUUGGACGAGUGCCACUAGAAUCAAGAAACUGUGUGUCCUGUUAGUGAGUGGGAACACUCCGUACCACGAUCCGCACCGGCAGUCACUGCGGCGUUUUGCGCAGGAAUCUCGCUAUCCGCACGACAAAGUGUCCUUUAUGUAUGUAUUUCAAGAGCGGCAAUCUCAGUUCAUCAAUGCACUUACUUCAGGUGAAGGGAGUCCAGACGAGCCCUUACUCCACAUAGCUGUUCUCUGGAGGAGGGAUAACAAACAUAUCAAAUAUGAGUGGAUACUUGGUGGAGACUCAUACUCGACUGACUACAACACUACAAAAGAGCGCUUGGAGCCAGUUUUGGAGCGUUUAUUGCAUUCAGACAGUGCAUCAGCUUUACUCCACGAAGCUGUCAUUACUGAGCUUACAGAUGAGCAUGCUCAGAACCUCGCCUCAAGGGUGAUGUCGCGCAUUCUCAGCUUCUUCGAUGCUGUGACGAGUAACCUUGGCAAGGAAGAUAUCUUCCCGGUGGCGACAGUCAUUGUCACCAUCUGCCUUCUCAUUUGUGUCAGCUACUUUUUGGCCCAUCUUAUGAAUCUUGAAGAAUCAGAAAUAAAGAAGUCCACGCAAAAUAGCGAACCCAAGAAAAAGCCGACGCCGCCACCUGCAACAACGCGUGAGCUGAAGCUUCAUGAGCUGCGGGCAGAAACGUACAACGGACUGAUACGACUUCUGAAGCCUGGUUGUCGCACCAUCAUCCUUGUUGUUGAUACGGAGUCCCGGAAGAAACUCAUCAUGCAAUUUCAUCGCAUCGUGUGGCCUUAUCGCAAAAAUAAAACAUUAAUGUUUGGUUACAUCAACCUGGACCGAGCAUCGUGCCGAGAGUGGUUCUCGCAGAUUCUAUCAAUGAGCCUCCUUGAGCCACGACCAUUAAGCAUAAACCCUCACAAUUGUAUCGGAACUGUCUUAUCGCUCAACGGAUUGCGAAAGUACUUCUGCAUAUAUCACGCCAAACACCCUGAAUCAAGAGGCAAAUCAGAACAGCGAUUGAAUAGAAUGACCAAGGAGCUUGGCAACGGCAAAUCAGGAGCAUUUUUAGGAUUCGAAUCUGAUACUGACAGUGGGAACUCGGACAUUGAAGCAGGAUGGAAAGUUGAUUCGCAAGACAGCAACAAGUACAAUGAUGUUAUAUUUGAGGAGACCUUGCUAGACGGACUGCCCAAUUGGCUAGACCGCCACUUUGAGGGCUCAACUCACCGGUAUUAUAUCAACUACUGGCCAGAGUUCAAUACAUAAGAUCGGCACUCGUCUAUGGCGAGACAAAAUUUUCGCUGCCAUUCGUUUCCUUGCAUUCUAGUCCUCUUUAUCACAUUUUACCUGUUUCCAGCAUCCGGGGCAUGUUUCUAAGAUAAUUAAUGUGAAUGGAGCACUGUAGGCUCAACUCCCAGUGCUCUGAAACUCUAGUCAAUAUCCCCGGGAAAAUCCGGGUAGUUAACCUAGUUCAAAAUCGGUCGUUACCCAAAUGGGUAUGUGGCCUAGAAGUCUAAGAGGAACGAAAUUUUUGUAUGCGACCUCUGUCUUUCAUCCCUGAAAAUGUACGAAUCACAGCCUUCUGUUAACUAGGGAGGUAAGCGACAUUUUUCAAAAAUUGACAUAACGGUAAUUUGGUAGAAACAUUGACAUCAAUUUUUAGUUCCGGACUGAAUUUACUCCCUCAUUCAAUCUCUCUGUGAACCAGUGACAGUACGACUCUAUUUGACUGAAAUCUCAGUAUUAAGAGACUCAAGGUGUAUGUGUCAUGUGACCGCGCCAUCUGUGGAAAGUUGAAAACUUUACCUUAAUAGGAACUUUAGAGAAAAAAUUUAAAGUACUUUUUAAAAGUACUUUGAACUACUAAAAAGAAAAAAAACUAAAAAACAUAACAAUUUUAGGUACUCAAACUUACAUCUGUUUGUUUGUUACUUCAGCCAAAAUCAGUAUGUAUUAUUUGUGGUCCUCCGAGUUAACCAUCCUAUGUUUAAGGUCACAAUUUAUUAAGUUUAACUACAUACCAUGAAGGUGUCUUUGUUUUUUUUUUGUAUUUUUUUGCCACAAACAGAAAUGACUUUUUUUCAACCUCCAUUGUCACAAAAUUUUUAAUUUUAUCUCCAUAACUAUAUAGUGAAUUCCAAACAACUGUCAAUCCACUCUCAAGAAAAAAUUAUAUCAAAUAUUGCGGUCCAAUUGAGGGGUGUCCGUAUAUGGUGUCAGGCAUAGGUAUGUAGGGGGAAAACAGCUUAAUCAUUCUCUCUGAAAACAGAGGGAGUAGGAGAGGAUCGUUGAAAUAGAGGGGAAGGAGGGGUGAAAAAUUGGCUAAAGUGCCUGAUGUCACUUAUUGACGUCCCCUAAUUUGCUGAAGGUGUCCAUUAUCAUUAUUUACUCUUUGUAGUUAAUUUAAACGUAGUUUCUAUUUUCAAUUCCAAAAGACAAGCUUGUAUUUUUGUUUUCUGACUUCUACAAAAGAGUCAAUCAUGUGGUUCAAAAAGUUGAAAUCACAUGUUUCAAGCACAUGAUUUCUAGUUACCAGCAUGCAACAGAUUAAUUUCUUUUGUUGAUUUAGUUAAUUUUAAUAUUAAGGUAUACACAUCACUGUUUUGAAGACUCACUAACAUGAAGGGCAAAUGGGACUCUACUCUCUCCUUUUUUUUUUGAAAAAUGGAGCGAAUGAGGAGGAGGAGAAAACAGGAAAAUGCACAAAAAAACGAUAUUUUUUUUAUGUGAACUAUAGAUUUGUCCCCUCCUUCCUAGCAGCUGGAUCGCUUCUGUGUUGACUACGUACUUCCUGUAGGUUUAUCAUUUCUGUCGGUUGUACAGUUAGAAUUCCUUCUAAGUUCAUUUUAAGCCUUUAACAAUACAGGUGACUAUUUUAGCCUUAAUUGUAUGUAAAUUUCUAGUUCAAAAUAGUUAUCUAAUGGUUUUAAUGUGGAGGCCUCCCUGGUUUCAAGGUUCUCUUGACAGGAAAAUCGUUUCAUCUUUUAUUUUAUCCAUCUUCUUAUUUUGAAGAUGCAUUGAUGAAAGAAAAUUCAGACAGGCAUUUAUUUUAAAUUAACUCUACAGUAUAUCAAUUUUGCCCGCUGAAGUGAAAAUCAAAUCACAUACUCAUCUCCAUCCACUGGAUGCUCCUGUUUCCUUAUUUCAGUUCAUGCUGGAAUACUCAGGAGUUUUUUCAAAGUUUUGUCAAGAAUCGGUCCAUAUCAAUGGUAACAGUAGAACUAAAAUAAAGAAAAUAUGAAAAAAAUGAUCCAGAAAGAAUUGGUUGGCAUCUAAUUGUUUAUCCCUAAUAAUCCAAUUUUCCAUCAUAAUUUGUUUUUGUGAUGAUGGGUUUAAUCAUUGCAUUUGUUGUGACUUAUGAUUUUUGUAUGCCUUUUAAGUAAUCUGUAAACACUAUUGCAAUUUUUUUUUUUUUUAAUUUGAUAAGAGCUAAAUUUUUGAGAAAUGUCAUGGAAUUUUGUUUCGGUUUUUAAACCUCACGGAUCGAUAAUAUAUGUUGAGGUUCAUCUGUUGGGUGUCCGAUAAUAAUGGAAAUAUCAUCGUUCCUCAGACCAAUACUUAUCCACACCAAUAGCACAUACCAUUGUUUCUUUCCUCUGUCUAUUUGUUUGGACUAAUCUCAUUUUUAUUUGCCGAUCAAUAAGUUCAGAUCACAAUAGGAUUUCAUGACUAGCGUUGACCCAUCACUAUUAUUGUUUAGUAAUUAGUAACAUAAAAUUUACACACAAGCUUUUGCUUCCUCCCUCGCAAUUCUCACAUCUUCUCUCAAUCGGACGACUUUUCAGCAUUCCUCCUCUGGAACAACCAUGGGAGGAAUUAGAUCACAUUUAAAUGGUGUACAAACAACCUGAGACAAUCCUAUUUCAGCUUCAUAUCACCCACAGCCGCUCAAAUUUCGUGUAAAGUAAAUUUCACUGUAGAGGUACAUAAAUUUUUCAUUUUUCUUUUAUUUUUUUCGAAACAUAACCAUUGUAGUCUUUUGGCCUGAACUUCCAUACAAUGCUAUCUACAACAAGAGGCCAAUAAACUAAGGAGAGUGAAUGUUAUUCUAAAAGCCAAUUAGAGAAGGGUUUCUCCAAACAUUUCACCUUGGGUUUCCUAAUGAUUCCAUAGGCAAAAAAGGCUGAUUGUCUCAUGAUAAAGUAACAGUAAAUAAGAUGCUGUGAUCGCUCAGUGGAACUCUCAACAUUGCGCCUUAUACUCCUGCGUUCAAAUUGAGGCUUAAAUCUGUUUCCUCGCUUGCACCGCCCAUCCUGGUCACCGCUAAUUGUUAAGCCUCAGUUGCGGCGGAAUAAAGUGCAUGGCUUACAUAUCGAGAGUUCUGCUCAGAGCGUAUGCAGUAUUUUUACAGGAAAUUUUGGUGAAUACCUCUCUUUAUAUCAAAAUGAUAUAUUUUCUCCCGAAAAACCACUAUUUAAGAGUAUUUUUUUCUGGAUGCUAGCAAGGACUUUAAUGAAUCCCCCACAGUCAGAGGUGCCGCUCCAAAGUCCCAAAGGCUGAAUCAAAUCCCACAAUCCAUCAGUAUUAGCCAAAA